AUGCAACCCUUGACCAAAUCGCCGCGUGGCCGGCGCAGCCCGCCCAGCGACGAUAUUGAGAAACAAUUGAUACAAGCCGUUCCAGUACCCCAACCACUUACCUCAGACCAACCGGCCGGAUACCCCCGGUACUCAGCAUACAUCGCAGCCGACGAAACUUCUCAGAUCUACCGCCGCUUCUCGACCCUUCGAACAAGACUACUCCUCUCCAAACAAGACUCGCUAUCCGUCCUCGAGAACAAACUUGAUAAGAUCGAUCGUGGAGAGAAGUGUAAGGUGUUUCUGGGGAGUAGACGAAGGGAUCGGAAUCAGGAGAGGCAUAAUGUACUGUUGCAGAUUGAGGCUGAGUUAGCUGGAUACGAUGAACUUGUCGAGCGAAGCGCACGGGUUGCUCGUUUGACGCAGGCUCAGAGACGGGAUGUUGAGGGGUUGAGAAAGUGGGUUGAUGGGAAUGGGUGUAUAGCACGAGAGGAGAGUAGGUAUCUUGGACAUGGGGGGGAUCUGUUUACGUUUAGUUCGGAGGAUGAGGACCCUUUGUCUCGACUUGAACGGUCUGUGGAGGAUGCUUUAGUUCCGUUCUUUAGGAGCUAUUACAAGAAACAAGCAUCCGAAGACACACCACCUGACGUCUCCACCCCAUCAGCAUUUCUCGCAAAAAGAGUCGCCCGAGCAUCAAUGGCUGCAAUUAUCACAACCGUUCUUCUAUUACCAAUGCUCGUAUGCAGCUUCCUGCCCAGUCUCAUUGCUCGAGUGGCUAUUACCGCCAUCUCGGUUAUGGUCUUGAUUGCAAUGGUGUCUGGGUUUACGAAAGCGAGGAGCAUUGAGGUUCUUGCUGCGAGUGCUAUAUAUGCCACUGUUAUGAUGGUGCUUGUUACGAAUGGGUCGUGA